CAUUCUUUGAGCGUGUAUUUUUUAUGUACAAGACUUGGCGGUUCAGUUUGGCGUGAAUUUUCUCCCCACCGACUCCGAUCGAGGAAAGGUCAGCAGACGCCAUGAGCUCCGAUUCUUCGAAGUCCGGCAAGCGCCGCGUUGCCGCGACUCGCACUCUGGCAAGAAGCAGAAGCAGAAAACCCUAGGAAUGGCGUGAGGCGCCAAUUCUCCCUCGUCUUCCAAGUCGCUUGCCUUCUCCAAGAGAUCUCCCUUUCCCGACUUCGGCAGGUUCUCCGUCUCUCUUCCCCCUUUUUUUCCUUUCCUAUUUCCAAUUUCAUCCAGAUGAUUUUGGUUUGGAAAUACAUAUUACCAACUCAUGUGAUCGUUCAGAUACAUGGAUGAGAAGAAUCGGAAGCUCAGAUUGCAAUUCGAUGUCGAUACUUUAAGUCAUCCCCAGGGUUAUCUCAGAAUAUAUUUAUUUCCUCUUCCCGUCGGUACUUAGUGCAUUAUUUUUUCUGGUUUGAUUUAUUUGUGGCCUGCUUCUUGAUAACGCGAUUCUUUGAUUCAUCAAUGAUUUUUUUCAUGUCCACAAAGCGGGUAUCUGAUUUGUUGGUGACGUGUUUUAUAAUCAUGCCCUAGCUGUUCAUUGGCUUCUUGAUCGUCCUUAGUGAUGAUAUACCGAUCACUUGUUUCUCAAUCGUCGCCUACCGAUUCCUUAAUUUCUUGACGUAUUGUUUGUAUUCUUUGAUUUCUUGAUGACUUGUUUCUUAGUCGUUGCCUUAUGAUUAUUUGAUUUCUUAAUGUCCUGCAUUCGAAACAGUACUUUAUUAUUUCCUUAUUGGUCAUCCCCACAGGGAUUCCACCGCGAAGAAGGGCCUCUUUCACAGCAUCUCUUUCACUGGAAUACUUGAAUUGAUGAAUUCUUUGCUAAAGGCUAAAAUACAAAUGAACACCAUUCCUUGUGACUAUGGAAUGUCGAAAGACAUUUUAUUUCAAGAAUGUCUUUAAGCAUCUUCUACGGCCUGACGCGAGUCUUGCUAAUUUCAGUAUUUCUCUUUUCUUUUAACUAAAUUAAAUUAUUUUGACAUUUAUUUAUUUAUUAAUAAAUGUUUUCCGUAAAGUUGCCAUUUUAAAAAAUUUGCUUUGCUGCUACUAUGCUAGCAAGAAUUUGCUUCCUCUGUUGUCCUACAUGCCAAAUUACCUGCACAUGUAGUUACAUACACUGCCCACUCGUAAACUUGAAUGAUAGAUGUGGCAUUAGUCCUGCCUGGAGUUUGCCACCUGAAAUUGCUGUAAUAAGUCUGCACGAGCCGUGUAUCAAAACUAAAGAAGAAAAUUUAAGGCCAUUUUGUUGUUAGACCUUGUUAUCAUUUGUGGUGGCUGGAUUUAAAUUUUGAUUUUUAGUAUUGCUGGGAUUAAAUUCUUUCUUUAAUUUUCUUGAUAUAGAGUUGCUAUUGCCCUCUAUUUGAAGUUUAUAUUAAUGCUGUGAUACUCCAUUGUAGAUGGCAGCUUCUUCUGCUAUUAAGUUUUACAUCUCCUCACUACUAAGAUGCAAGCUUUUUCAGAUCAUUAGAUGAAUAGAAACUUACUAUAGAUGUUUUUGAAUUGUUUUUUCUUUAGUGUAAAUUGUGUGGCUUGCUCAAACCAAUUUUACAGUUCUUUUACCUCUGUUUCAUUGACUUCUUAAGGAAGUCCAGGCUAUAUUGUCCAUUAAACGUAAUAUUGAAAAAAAAAAAAUUGUUUUCUCUAAGCAUCAAAACCUUUGAUGGUGAUUGUUUCUGAACAAACUCGUUCUUAAGAUGGGCCAUGACAUUGAAACAGAUUUGCUCUCUGAUAUUGUUCAAGCACAUGUACCUUUGUAAUAUUUUUCUGUUCUACUUUAUGCCUACUUGACACGUACAUCAUGGGUUGUUUGCUUCAUAGUGCAGGAUAUGCCACCAGAAUAUAUCAAUAUGUGGGUGUCUGAAUCCAUACUUUUCUUUGGGAAAACAAUAAGGGUUCUAUGGAACCCUAGUCCUGCUUCCAGGUGUGAGGCUGAUGCUUUUCAUUAUGGAGUUCCAAGAGGAUCCAACAAAUAUCAUGGACUGUUUGGAUGCUUUUCUCAAAAAGAAACUUGUAUUGACAUUCAACUUGUUGGAGAAGAAUUGAUGCCUCAAUCUGAAGUUAAGGUGAUAAAAUUGUUGGUAUGCUUCAAGAAUUAAGGGAACCCACCAUCCAUCUUUGUUUUUCUUCAUAUUGUGAAUUUUAUGUGUGACUUAGUCCUUAUGGUAAUUGUUUGAAAAAAGUUAUAGUUUGCAAUCAAUUGCUUUUCUUGUCUGUACCAUCUUGCUACAAUUUUUUUCUGACUUUAGAUAUCUUGCAUGAGUUCCCCGAGGUUCAUAAGAGGUCAUUGGAACGUGCCGUUGACUCCUUUCGCAUGAUGGCUGCCAUCUAGGUAGGUGGGGCGUUAGCAAUAUAAUCGUAUUGCUGACUCCAAGGGGAAAAAACAAUCAAAACAAUCGGGAUUCGGAUUAUUUAUCCAGAAAACAUGCAAUCUCCAUAAAUGAAAAGGGUUGCUUUCAAAACUUCUUUUCUUGCUGUCAAAUGCCUUUUAAGUAAUCGUCGCCAAGUUGUUGUUGACGUGAAGUUACCAAUAACAACAAAGUGAACGUGAAUUUGUAAUGUCUGUAAGAUAGGGAUGAAUUUGAAAAUAUUUGCAAGUGGAGUUCCGAGUUCCUACGCGCCGUGUGGACUUGUGGAGUAUUAUGCGACGACAAAAGGUAGAAGGAAGAAAGAGAGCGCAAGGGAGGGAAGUGAUCGGAUGGAAGUCAAGUCCUUUCGGUCAAAAUGCGUCCUCUCUCACUACCUCCCUCUCCCGUGCUGAGGACGAGAUUGCCCGUCUCCGUUCCGAGCUCCGUGCCGCCAUUUCCGCCUCGGAGAAGCUCCUUGGGGAGCUGGGUGCCUUUGCUUCCCACCUCCACGAUGCCGCCAUCGUCCCAUCCCGUCUGGCCGUUCUCGACGACAGCCCCGACCUUCCAAAGGAGUACCUCGAGUUCGUUUCCGCCCAAAAGCUCCCUCUCGGCCAUAACGCCAACUUCGGCUCCGACCACAUUCUACCUCCGGUCGGCCGCGCUUGCGACCGCCUAACCGACGACCUCGCCCACUACAUGAACUACACCGUCGGCGGGCCUUGCCCGGAAGACGAGAUCCUAGCUCAGAAGCUCCUCCUCAAGGGCUGCGAGCCCCUACCCCGCCGCCGCUGCCUCUCGCCCGGCCGCCUCCCCUCUCGCUUUGUAGAACCGGCCCCGUUCCCCGACUCUCUGUGGUCGAUCCCUGACGAUUCCUCCGUGGUCUGGACCGCCUACGUCUGCAAGAACUACACCUGUCUCGUCAACCGAAAGCACCAAAAGGGGUUCGACGACUGCAAAGACUGCUUCGACCUCGCCGGCCGGGAGAAGUACCGGUGGGUCGGACCUCCUGCCGCCGGCGGAAACAGCCUCGACUACUCAAUCGACGAGGUGCUCGCCUACAAGAAGGGGACCAUCCGCAUCGGGCUCGACAUCGGAGGCGGGACGGGCACGUUCGCGGUGCGGAUGCGCGAGCGGAAUGUGACGAUAGUGACCACGUCCAUGAACUUCAACGCGCCAUUCAAUGGGUUCAUCGCGUCGCGAGGGGUGGUGCCUCUCUAUAUCUCCAUAUCUCAGCGGCUUCCCUUCUUCGAUGGAACGCUCGAUCUGGUUCACUCCAUGCACGUCCUCAGCAACUGGAUCCCGCCCAAGUUGCUGCAGUUCGUCUUCUUUGACAUAUACAGGGUGCUCCGGCCGGGUGGGAUCUUCUGGCUCGACCAUUUCUUCUGCGUUGAGGACCAGAUGCACGAUCUCUACGUGCCCAUGAUAGAAGGAGUUGGGUUCAAGAAGGUCAGAUGGACCGUCGGCCGGAAGAUGGACAGGGGGCCGGAGAUGAAGGAGAUGUACAUUUCUGCUUUGUUGGAGAAACCCAUGAUUUCAGGAUGAUCAUGGACAUCCUUCCUUUUAAUUUUGGAGCUGAACAGUGGAAUUGAACGGUGGGAGAGGGCUGCAUCUCGGUAUAUUCUACAGUCAAUCUUUCGAUGGUUUGUGGAUUUUUCUGUGUUCCUUAAGUUGGUAAUUUGACAUUGGGAGCUUUGUUAGGGAUAGAUUUUUGUCCUGUCGUGAAGUUGGUCUGGCUGUAAGCGGCUAUGAGUGAAAGAAGUUUGAAACUUGUGAAAGAAAUGCUGCAGACAUUUUAAAGUGCUUAUGUAAAUCUAGCCAUCGCAUGCUCUUGAAUGAAU